CUGGCGUUUGCGCAGGUGCGAGGAGAAGUCCCAGACCAGAGGAGGAGGUUGUACCCUGCGCAGUAGCUGGACCGGCUCGGGACUCGUGGCCGCUGAGGGCUGCAGUGACUGUGGGCAGCUGUUGCUGGAGUAGAAGCUGCUGGCCGGUAGGCGGGUAGCCGCCAUGUCUACCUUCCGGCAGGAGGACGUGGAGGACCAGUACGAGAUGGGAGAGGAGCUGGGCAGUGGCCAGUUUGCCAUCGUGCGGAAAUGCCGGCAGAAGGGCACGGGCAAGGGGUACGCAGCCAAGUUCAUCAAGAAGCGGCGCCUGUCGUCCAGCCGCCGAGGGGUGAGCCGGGAGGAGAUCGAGCGCGAGGUGAGCAUCCUGCGGGAGAUCCGGCACCCCAACAUCAUCACGCUGCACGACGUCUUCGAGAACAAGACGGACGUGGUGCUCAUCCUCGAGCUGGUCUCGGGCGGCGAGCUCUUCGACUUUCUGGCUGAGAAGGAGUCGCUGACCGAGGAUGAGGCCACCCAGUUCCUCAAGCAGAUCCUGGACGGGGUCCACUACCUGCACUCCAAGCGCAUCGCCCACUUCGACCUCAAGCCGGAGAACAUCAUGCUUCUGGACAAGAACGUGCCCAGCCCGCGAAUCAAGCUCAUCGACUUCGGCAUUGCCCACAAGAUCGAGGCCGGCAACGAGUUCAAGAACAUCUUCGGCACCCCCGAGUUUGUGGCUCCUGAGAUCGUCAACUAUGAGCCGCUGGGCCUGGAGGCAGACAUGUGGAGCAUUGGCGUCAUCACCUACAUCCUUCUCAGCGGGGCGUCCCCGUUCCUGGGCGAGACCAAGCAGGAGACACUGACCAACAUCUCGGCGGUGAACUACGACUUCGAUGAGGAAUACUUCAGCAACACCAGUGAGCUGGCCAAGGACUUCAUCCGUCGCCUGCUGGUCAAGGACCCCAAGAGGAGAAUGACCAUCGCCCAGAGCCUGGAACAUUCCUGGAUCAAGGCCAUCCGGCGGCCGUCGGCCUCUGUGGAGCCAGGGACUCCCUGGAGGAGGCUCCAGUCUGGGAGCAAAGGGGACACGGGCAAACUCCAGUCUGUGUCUCCUGAGUUCCCAGGAGCUGCCCAGUGCCGGGUGAGGGUGGCACUUCCCGAUGGGGUCCCCGUCCUCUGCCCCGUGAUGUCCGCCAGCCCUCCAGGGCAGCCUCAUCCCCACCAGGCCACCUCCAUCGCCCGUGAGCCCCGGGGGCGUGAGAAGCGGUAG